CGGUAUCAGGCCCACAAUCCACCGGGAUCACAGAAUUCGUCGUUACACCGUGAACAGGAAGAUGAGGAUGACAGGGGAAAGCAGUUCUGGAAACUCAGAAACAACAAUGGAUGAUGUAAAAAAUCUUAUUAAAAAGAAAGAUAACAUCGAAGAGCAGAUAAAAGCGUAUUACGACGUUUUGGAGGACCAAGGCGUCGGAGUUGAAGGUCCCUUGGUUGAUGCAGAGGGUUACCCCAGAGACGAUGUUAACUUGUACCAGAUCAGGAACGCGAGACACAACAUUUCCUGCCUGCAGAAUGAUCACAAGGCCAUCAUGGUGGAGAUAGAGGAAGCGCUGCACAAGCUGCAUGCCCGAGAGAAAGCCAAGCGGGAACAAGAUGAGGCAGAAGCCCAGGAAGAGGCGAUGGAGCAGCAGGUCACGCUGCCUUCUCCCUUUGCACGGGUGGAUGCUGUCACACAAGGAUCACCGGCCUGUGGAGCUGGCCUCAGAGUUGGAGAUGAAGUCAUUGAGUUUGGUUCUGUGAACACAGACAACUUUCAGAACCUGCAGAAUAUUGCUUCUGUGGUACAACAUAGUGAAGGGAAACCAUUGCGUGUUGUAGUGAUCCGGGACAGUCAGAGAGCACAGAUGAGCUUGACUCCACAGCGAUGGUCAGGCAGAGGUCUGCUGGGAUGCAACAUUGUUCCAAUCCAUCGAUGAUCGCCGAGACAUUGGACAGCAUUGUGAAACCCCUCCCCUACUUUUAUCAUCUCUGGAUGGUUUCAAAGAAAUUAACUCUGACUCUUUACACACCACAGAAAUUAGAAAUUUCUUAAACAAAUCUGGAUCUAUUUCCUUCAUACGAGAGCAGAUUUCAGUUUGGGAUGUAUGAAAACAAAGUGUCAAAGUGCUUCUGUUAUAGAAGUUGUGUUGAGUUUACUUAACUGAGUGAAUAUUUCUACUUGAUACUCUGAAUAGAUUCUUUCAUGUUAAAACAAUUGACUUUAAGUUGAAGAAGAGUUUUUCCCUCUUAGGAGCGUGAAUGUACUCAGCAAAUGUCAUUGCAAGUAUUGAUAUGUUUUCUACAUAUUGUGUGCAAGUGGUAAUUUUGGUUCAGGAGUAGCACUAAAAAAAACAGAAAAGAAGCCACUGGAGACUUUGGAGAGUAAUUGAUUCACUUUGCUUCUAUCGUUGUGAGGCUCGAUGACCCAUCAAAUGUUAUGUAGCAGCAAAUCAGGGAAUGUUGAUAUGAUGAUGGAUUACUACUGAAAUGUUCAUUUAACAUUUAAUCAAAGA